AUGAUCACCAUCGUGGAAUGUGACGGUAUCAAGCCCUCCGUUCUCCGAUCAAUCCCCGUCGUUGACUUCAACUCUAAAGACUGCGUAAAAUGCAUCGUUUGCCUCUCUGAUCUCGUCCACGGAGACAAAUCUAGGGUUUUACCGAGCUGUAACCACUGGUUUCACGCCGAUUGCAUCGACACGUGGUUUCGUUCUCACUCCACCUGUCCUAUCUGCAGAAAGAGAGUUAGUUCGGUGCAGCGAGGAGCCAGACGCGAGAGUUUGGCACAAAACCACGACCCGAGUUCCGAACAUCCUGGGCUCCCGACCGAACCUCCUCCGAACAUCGAUGGUUGUGGUCGAUAUCCAGGCGGAUUAAGAUCCUAA